GCGGGACCCGGUGGUGGCAUGGCCGGAGCAGGCCGGCUGCAGCAGCGGCAGCAGCAGCAGCGGCAGCGGCAGCAGCAGCGUCAUGUGGGGCGGCCAGCCUAGCGGCCCCGGGGCGGCCGGCCGCUGGGACACCGCAGGCGGCGGCGCCGUGGUCGAGGCGCUCAAGGCGGCCGCCGCCGCCGGAGGCCCCGCAGGACCCCCUCCGCCGCCCCCGCCUCCGCCGCAACAAGGGGUGGCGGGCUCGGCGGGCGGCCAGGGCGUGCCGGGCCCGGCGUGCGGCGGCGGGCCCCCCUGUGGCGGUGGCGGCCCCCCGUGCGGCGGCGGGCCCCAGGGUCCGCCGGGAGACGUGGGCCAGCAGCACCCACUCUACCAGCAGCAGCAGAGCGCCUACGAGGACGCCCAGGGCCGCUGCUGCGCCGGGUGCGGGGCCAAGAUCCUCGACCGGUACCUGCUGCACGCGCUGGAUCGCUACUGGCACAACGGCUGCCUCAAGUGCUCCUGCUGCCAAGCCACGCUGGCCGACAUCGGCGCCUCCUGCUUCGCGAAGGCCGGCAUGAUCCUUUGCCGAAACGACUACAUCAGGUUGUUCGGCACGUCGGGUGCCUGCUCGGGCUGUGGCCAGAUGAUCCCGGCCAACGACUACGUGAUGCGGGCCGCGCAGAACGUCUACCACGUCAAGUGCUUCGCCUGCGUCAAGUGCCACAGCCAGCUGGUGCCUGGCGACCGGUACAACCUCGUCAACGGGAACGUGCUCUGUGAGCAGGACUGCCUCAAGAUGCUCAAGGGCUCCCCGGCCACAGUGCGCAAGGGCAAGGUGCGCGCCGCCAUCAAGGUCUGAUGACGACGCCUCUCCUCCACGCGCGGCCCGCUGCCGCCAGCGAGCGCGCACGCACCUCCUCCUCCUGCUCCCGGACUCCCAAGGCCCGCUCCCGACCCUCGCCCAGGACCGCGACCCACUGCAGCGUCUGCAUCCCGUGCUUCUUCAACCCGGGUCCCAGGGGGAGGCCACAGUCAACGGCGGCAGCAGCAGCAAAAUACACACCGGGGCUCCCCUGCCGCAGCUCUUCUAAUGCAUCCGUUUGACGUCACGCACCAGCUGUGUGAGGAAAGCGAAGGCCCGUGGGAGCAGCAGAACACCUCUCGGCAAGCCAUGUAGUCGAGUGCUAAGAGUUUUUCGAGUCUGAUUGCUAUCCACCGGGGGAAGAGUAUGUCAUCCAUACCGCGGACAAAGAAGGAAAAAACAAUUAUAGUAGGUUCAUUUACGACCAGCGGCAAGGCAUAGCAGUGGGUCGUAAGCGGAAUCAAUUUUUGAAUAAAGAAAUUCGGCGGUAGGUACCCUACUUUUUCAUCGAUGAGAAAGAUCACUGGUAGGCCACCUGAAGUUGUUGGGAACCGCGGAAAGAGGUUCCAGGGUUGACCUGUGGUAACAUCGGGGACGCAUACGUCGCUGCCGUUGGUGAAGGAGGACCUCGGGCGUUGUCCAUUGUCGGUUGCCGCCGCCGUCGUUCUGAGGCCGAGCGGCUUUGUCUGUUCGGGGUGGCCUGCAAUAAGAAUGCCAUCCGGCGGCUGUGCAGCGGGCGAAGCCGCCGACGGAAGCCGCGCACAAGAGGGAGGAGGAGAACCACUGCGACACGCCGGACUGCAGUUCUCGAAAGCAGCUGGAAAAAAAAAAGAAAGAAAACACCCCUUCAUCAGACAUCUACAAAACACUCUGAGCUUAUUAUUUCAUGCUUUCUUUUAUUGCUUUUCUCUUGGCCUCCUCCUUUGUUUUGUGGUGUGGAAACGAAAAGACGGUACAUCUUAUUCCUCGUGUACUUUUUUUGUACAUACGUCUUUACUUCUAUCGUGAGAUCUAAGAUCUGAUCCGUGCUUGUGAUGUCAAUCCAGCAGCGAGACAGGAAAUAUACACAAACGCCACUCCACUUGUCGCACGCGGCUAUAGCUCCAUUCUUUGUCUGACAAAGAUACAACUGGUUCGUCAAGAGUUCGCGUAGUCUGAACACUGAGACCGCUAUGCAACUACAAAAAGACAGGAAAGGAAAACACUAAGGCAGCGUCGGAUCCGAGGAUAAUGUUCGAUCACGUCAAGGUGGAACAUUUAAGGCUCGCUGGGGCGACAGUCGCGCUGUUCACUUCCUUCGGAAAAAGACUUGCUUGGUAUUCGCGUUCGCGUUGGCGCCGUGCAGAGAAGCCUACCCUACAUGCUAUACGGUCGGCCGUUCCCCCGUCGCGCAUUCUUGUAGGAGCCGACUGAUUUUUGAACGUGUCUCGUGGAGGAAUUGAGGGGGAGAGGGAGAAAAACACUUAUCAACAACACGCCUAAGCUUUCUUUCUGUGGGCCCGGCGCAUUUUGUCAUCCCAGCUACCCAUCACUUUUUCUUCUUCUUUCUUUACAAAAGUUACAUGUAGUUACAUGCGAUCGCGAUGUCCCGUGUGAGCGAACUUCGCUCACGCGACCACUUCGUAGUUCGAUGUCAGUAUUUUAUGUUUAGAGAAGGAGUGGUUGUAAUGUUUCGCUUGCAGAGCAAGGCACUGCAAUUUGUCCAAUCCAGGGGUUGGGGGCGGGGGAGGGGGGUGAUAAAAAUUCGGCCGACCUUUAAAAAAGUGAAACAACUGUUACCACGCGUUUUGUGCAAGAAGAGAGACAGGGGAAAAAAAAAAAGAAAGAUGCAACGGCAGAAGCAGUAAUUCAUCUCAUUGAAACGCACUGGCUUUUAUUUUAAUGCAUUUAGUUUUUUCUCUGACUUAAGCCUUGUAUAGCACCGUGACGUUUCCGCGUAACUUGUGCGCUCCCUCACCCAAAAACCAGAGGCGCUCUGGUUUCGACACGUUGCUCGGCCUGGCCGAGCCACCGCGACCUUCAUAGGCCGCAGGUGUUUGCCCUCCUCCCGUGCUAUAUAUAAAUAUACAUAUAUAUAAUAUACAUAAAGACAGGAAACAAUGAUCACGAUGCGCUCUUUCAAAAAGAGCGGCACACCAGACACACCACACACAUACAUGUGCGCGCGUCCACGCGCACAUUCACACACUCCGCGUUACACACUUGCGCAUUGCGCUACGCUUUUACACACAUAACAGAGCGAAGGAGCAACAGUUAUUGCUCCAAAGGCGGCUGGGGCAGGAGUUGAAAAAAAAGCAAUAUGGCCGAAAACAACAGUUGUCGCAUCUUGUGAAUACCGUGUGUGGAAGUGCAAAAAAAAAAAAAAAACGCGAUUCCUCAUUUUUAUAUAUAUAUGAUGUAUAUCGUCGCUGUUCUCUCACUUUUUUCAUUUGUUUCUUCUACGUCAUGAUUUUUUUUUAACUUCGUAGACCGUAUAAGUUUUUCUGUUCUAUCGCUGAUGGAACAGAUGAAUGAAAUAAUGAACUAAAACAAUGUGAUGACAAAAGCAGUGAUUCAAGCGUGCUCAUCCAGCCCCUGCAAAGCUUUAAAGAUGCUUGUUCAUGAGAAUUUUUUUUCCGCUUGAUUUAUUCGAAUUGUUUGGCCUUGAACCUCUUUGUCGUUUCUCCAACUCUUCGACGGCGACGAACUGAUGAUCUUCCUCCGCCUAUAGGAGGGCACAUGAAUGGCGACACCCUCCUCCCUCCUUUUCCUUCCGUCUGCAUCAUUGUUUAAAGACCACAGUCACUUUACUACUUUGUCCAAUGAUUAUUAUCGUCUCUCAUUGCUACUUUGAAUCUGCUUUCUUUUUUUUUUUUUGUCUCAUUGUGUCCUUUAUUUAAGAAGAGGCAGCCACCAGUUUUUUAUUGUCUUCCUUCUCGCCUUUUUUUUUUUUUUGGCAUUUGUGAUGUCAUUAUAUAAAUAUAUAUAAAUAAAACAUUUUAUUUGAAAUAAAAGGUUCGACUGCUGUGUAA